UAUUUGAGUUGUCAAAUUCAAGACCACAAACGGAUUAUCUUAUGUUUUCUUUCAGAAGUUUUGGAUUUUUGGUUCUUGUAUUUGUGAUCCAUUUUGAGUUGAUUUUACACAUGGAGGGUUGAAUUUUGUUCUGUUUUGCCCAGUUGUGGGACUAUUACGGAGGGCGGGGCUUUCCCCGUCGUACUACGGACCCCAGCAUACACUGCGCGGGCCAACACGCCGGAGAGGGGAAAUCCGGGCAGGCCUGGGGGUGUGGCUGCGUGGAAAGGCUGAGUUACAGACUAGUUCUGAGAACGCUUGCUACCACCGUUUGUGAAGGCGGUAGGCCCCGCGAGGGCCUAGCAGGCGGAAGGGCCUGCCACGCGACUUCCCAGCUCAGACAUGCCACACCUUCUGACUGUUCUGGUCGGUCGGGACACUUUUCUUACCCAAGUUUCCCGCGGAAACGACUCUUGAAGAGGACCAAUCACAGCAGAGAGUUUUGCUGGGCGGGCCAACCAGAGGCGAGGGUGGGAGCCGCGCCACUGGAGAGCUCCGGAUUUGUGCUGGAAAGGGUGGACAGCCUUUGUAGGGAUCUCGAAGGGAGCCCGAAAGGGUGCGGAAGUGUAGGGGUUCACCCUCCUCGACUAUGGCCCACCAGUCUUUCCUGGGCUCCCCAGAGGCUCGCGCCAGCUGCCUGGACCUGUGGAAGGAAAAGAACGACCGGCUCGUUCGACAGGCCAAGGUGGCUCAGGACUCUGGUGUGUCUCUGAGGCGACACAAGUUGGUUCAAGACACACUGGAGGGACUCAGGGAGCUCCUCCACAUUCUGCAUGGACUUCCUGCAGCUGUCCCUGUUCUCCCCUUGGAGCUGAUUGUCACCUGUAACUUCAUUAUCCUGAAGGUGAGCCUAGCCCAGGGUUUCACUGAAGACCAGACCCAGGAUAUACAACGGGGCCUAGAAAGAGUGCUAGAGACCCAGGAGCAGUUGGGGCCCAGGCCAGAACAAGGGAUCAGGAAGUUGUGGGAGUCUGUCCUCCGUGCUUCCUCCCUUCUGCCUGAGCUACUGUGUGCCCUGCACCACCUGGCUGGCCUGCAGGCUGCCCUUUGGCUGAGCAUUGACCGUCUUGAAGACCUGGCCUUGCUGUUGCAGACUCUGAAUGGCAACCAGAAUGGGGCCUCUAAGGAUCUGCUGCUACUUCUAAAAACUUGGAACCCUCCAGCUGAGGAAUCAGAUGCCCCAUUGACCCUGCAGAAUGCCCGGGGUUUGAGGGAUAUCCUUUUGACAGCAUUUGCCUACCGUCAAGGCCUCCAGGAGCUGAUUUCAGGGAGCCUACCAAGGGCAUUGAGCAGCCUGCAUGAAGCAGCCUCAGGUCUGUGUCCACGACCUCUCUUGGUUCAGGUGUAUACAGCAUUAGGAUCCUGUCUUCGUAAGAUGGGAAAUCCACAGAGAGCUUUGCUGUACUUGAUUGCAGCCCUGAAAGGGGGAUCAGCCUGGGGUCUUCCACUUCUGGAGGCUUCCAGAUUAUAUCGGCAAUUGGGGGAUACAGCUGCAGAGCUGGAGAGUCUGGAGCUGCUGGUUGAGGCCUUGAGUGCCACCCGUAGCUCUGAAGUUCCACAGCUUCUCAUUGACGUAGAAUUGCUACUCCCACGACCUGACCCAGCCUCUCCCCUUUACUGUGGCACACAGAGCCAAGCCAAGCACCUGUUAGCAAGCCGAUGCCUACAGAUGGGGAGGGCAGAAGAUGCUGCAGAGCAUUACUUGGACCUGCUGGCCCUGUUGCUGGAUGGCUCAGAUCCACGGUUCUGCCCACCAACCUGCUCCCCAGGACCUUGCAUGCCUGAGGUGUUCUUGGAGGCGGCAGCAGCACUGAUCCAGGCAGGCCGAGCCCAAGAUGCUUUGACUGUAUGUGAGGAGCUGCUUACCCGCACAUCUUCUCUGCUUCCCAAGAUGCUUCAGCCAUGGGAAGAUGCAAGAAAAGGAACCAAGGAACUGCCAUCCUGCCCACUCUGGGUCUCUGCUGUUUACCUGCUUCAGGGCCGGGCCUGGGUACAACUGAGGGCCCCAAAAGAGGCAAUUAGUGAAUUUAGCCGGUGCCUUGAGUUGCUCUUCCGGGCCAUACCUGGGGACAAAGAACAAGGGGCAGCUUCCAACUGUGAGCAGAAGUGUAGGUCAGAUAUGGUAGUGCAACAUCUUCGGGCAGCUGCCCUGAUCAGUCGUGGACUGGAGUGGGCAGCCAAUGGCCAAGAUAACAAAGCUCUACAGGACUUCCUCCUCAGUGUGCAGAUGUGCCCAGGUAAUAGAGAUGCUUCCUUUCACCUGCUUCAGACUCUAAGGAGGCUGGAUAGGAAGGAUGAGGCCGCUGCUUUCUGUUGGAGGCUACAGGCCCAAACUCAACUGCCACAGAAGGAAGCUACCUGGUCUCUCCCUCUGUACUUAGAAAUCUAUUUGAGCUGGAUCCAUUCCCCUGACUGUGAAACCUUCCUUGAAGAGUUUCAGACAUCUCUGCAGGAGCCUCACAACCUGUAGCUGCUAUGUUUCCAAGAGCCUGAGCUGAGGGCCCAGUGAAUCAUCUCUGUGAGGAGGGCCUCCCCGCCUCCCCUUGCUUUACCCUCCUUGGGUGAUGUGACUGGAGCUGAUCAUUCCUAUGUAACUCUUGUACUGGUGAAGUUGGUGGCAGUCCUGUGUGGUUUGGGAUACUCCUUCCUUCUGGAGGAAGUAUUCCCUGCUACCAACAAGUCAUUGACUUUGCUUGUAGCAUCUGUUUUUCCUGUUUCCCCUUUUCUUGUGUUGAGUAAAAAUGCAUAUAUAUAUAUAUAUAUAUAUAUAUAUAUAUAUAUAUGAAUAUAUAUCUUGUCUGCCUAGUACAUAUACUUGGAUGGGAAAGCUUUGGUGUGCUUAGUUGAGUGCUGGUUGUCAAAAGAACCCUCUCCCAAUAUUGACUGCCUGUGCUCCCCCCCCUUUUAUUUGUUGGUGUGUGUGUGUGUGUGUGUGUGUGUCGGGGGGUGCUAGCGAUUGAAUCCAGGCCUUGUAUAUGAACUCCCAUCCUCUCAACAUCAUCUGUCUUAUGAGCUGGAGGCCCAGCUAUGAUGGAAAGACUACACUAAUCCUCAUUCAGUGCCUUAGUCCUUUACAGACCCAAAGCCCAAAUCCUGUGCUAGGUGACAGGAGUUAGGUAUGGAGGGUGACCUAGACAGGCUUUUCAAGUUAAUGGCAGGUUCUUAAUACUGAGGAGGGACAACCAGAUCUCUGAGUCUAUCAAUGACUCCUCACCUACUUCCUAAUUCUAAAUUCUAGAAACUGAACUCAUUUCAGUCAAACUUGUCUGUGUGGAUGGGGGGGUGAAGUGUGAUUUGAGUCAGCAAGCCCCAAAGAACCCUAUUGACGCCAGUCAGGGCCAACUGUCAUUGUAACUGAGGGACUCCUAAUUCCAGUAUGUAAUUUUCUUGCUGCCUUGGAUGAUAUUGGCUCUGCUUUGUGUUCUGUGGCUGCCUUUUGACCUCUUUGGACUCUGAAUGUGCUCUCCUACAGGCAUCUAUAUUAAUACUCUAUGGUAAGGGAAGCACCCGUCCCUUAAGCACUAGGAAACGGUAAAACUCGUGGGAUUAACUUGGGGAGGGUGCAAUGACAAUGGGGUAGCCCGGAUGAAAAGCUGGGGUGCUAGUCAAAAGAGCCAGAGUAGGGGUUGCUGGUGCCAGUAUUUUGUUUUUGUUUUUGGUGCUCGGGAUUGAAUUCAGGGGCACUUAAGGACUAAGUCACAUCCCCAUCCCUUUUUAUUUAUUUAUUUUUAUAUUUUUACUUUGAGACUGUCCACAUUGCUUAGGACUUCACUAAGUUGCUGAGGCUGGUUUUGAACUUGCCAUCCUCGUGCCUCAGUUUUCCAAAUUGCUGGGCAUGUGCCAUGGCACCUGGCUUGGUGCCAGUGUUUUAAAGAAUCAAGAAGUGUUUGUGUGGUGAUGGAAUAAAAGGAUCCCCAGGUUUGUGGAGAAA